CAGAAUAGUCGUAAUAAAAUAACAAAACGUAAUAUAAUACCAAUAUGAGACCCAAAGCUUUUACCUUAUUACCGCUAUUUUCAUGUUUUUCUACAUGACAUUUGUUCCGGCCAUUGAAGCAUAUAGUGCCAGUGUAGAUUUAGAUAUGAAUGCUGGUUCUUGUAGAAUUUGGAUAGAAGAUCAUUACCGCAUAGCUGGUGACGGAGAAGGAGAUUACCAUGCUUGUGAUGGAACUAGUGGUGACUCUAAAGACAUUGAUUUUCCAGAUCAAGAGUACUAUGUAGUUGCGAAAGUUGAUUUUACUGCUAGGAAACAGAAAGCCCGAGGUUCUUUCAAUGGCAAUACCUGUUUUCGUAUACAUGGAAAUUCUGCAAAGUUUUAUUUUGAUCAAUAUAACUGUACAUGACUUAAUUGUUAUUAUGUUAUUAUCCCAUCGGUAUUACAGUAUAUUGAAGACGUAAAUCAAUUAAAUUAUUUCUCUGUUUCUAUUAUUUCUAUAUAUUCUUAUUUAUUAAUACUUUCUUUAUAUUAUCUCUAUUAGUUAAAUUAUUU